AUGGAGGUGCUCGACCACGCGCAGCUGGAGUCCGGCUCGCCGCCUUUGCAGUGCUGCUGCGGCAGCGCAGACUGCGUCCACCUCAAGAAGAACUGCUCCAUUCUCGAAGCUGUUGAGAAGGAUGUGCAUACAGCUGCCCAGUUAGGCAAGGCCCUACUUGCUAGGCACGAAGCCUACAUGGCCGACGCAGAACUGGACAGGCAGCGACUCAACGGCCGCAUAGAUCGCCUGCAGCUGGACAAGCAGGAGCUAGAAGCCAACAAUGCCGCCAAGGUCGAGGAGAACAAUGAGCUCAUCGAGCAGCUCGAGCUACUCAACACCACAAUCUUUGACUCCGACGCCAAGAUCAAAAGCCUCGAAGCAAGCCUUCUCUCGUCGCAACAAGCCAUCCGCCGCCUCGAGAGCGCCGCCGCCCGUGCCGCCGAGGCUGACCAGCACCUCAAGAUUCUGGAAGAAGAGCAGGACAAACUCACGGGGGAGUUGAAAGCUACCAAGGAGGAAGCUCGCACUCAUGCGCAGCGAUUUAAAGAGGCACAGCGGGAGAUCCUCGACAUGCAAGAUCAGCUCGUGCGCAUGGAGAAGGAGGCCAUUCUGGAGCGACAACGCCACGAUGAAAUGAUGGAAAAGGUUGAGCGCCAGCGUGAGGUGGAGAAGCAUCUGGAUGUUGCCGCCGUGCGGCUCAAGGGCGCCGCGGCUUCAAAAUCAAUCACCGAACACCGACAGGGGAAUAAAAUCGUCGGCCACUUUGUGCGGGACCUGCUACAGGACAAUGCAAACCUGCAGCUGGGCAUAGCCGAGCUAAGGGAAAUGCUCAUCAGCUCCAACGAUGAGAUACAAGUGCUGCGAGAGCAGCUCAUGUUUCACCAACCCCUUACCGACGGCUUCAGCCCUGCCUCGACUCUCAAAGCAGAACUGGAACCUUCCCUGUUUGAAAACUCGAGGCCGCCGCAAGAGUUUCACAUUCACCACCACUACCACGUUGCCAAGCAAGAUACUAGGAAGCCGAAGAAGAAGCGUCAGGGCUUGUUGCCCGGCAUUUUUACACCUCCAGCGGCAAUCUCUAGCAGGGCGUCCUCUCCGGGCCCCGAAUUCCAGCGACGCCUGGUGUCCUCUCCCACUCGCCCGGUUCUCUCCCACACCAGCGGCGAAACAACGCCCAUCAAGGCCAGCUCCUCAACAUGGCACGAAUUUUCCACCCCAUCGGAAAUGUCCUCCUCCCUUCCGACUUCUCCCCGCAUUUUCGAUCAUAGUGAAGCUGAGACAGGCUCUCUCAUGUCGCCCACUACAAGCUACGACCCCAUGUCUCCUACUUGGCGCGCUUCACAUAGAAAGCGUGCUUCUGCAGCCUCGUCCUGCAGCUUCCAGUCUCUCUCAAUCAUUGAUAUUGAGCCCGGCACCGCUGGAAUCCAAACACCAAACCCUUUCAGAUUUAGCAGCGGCGUCAUCCACGAAGAGGACGAAGAUGCACAUACUAGUCCGCCUGCCACUGCGGCCGAGCAAGACGCUCCCAAAGACGAGUCGGCGGAAGAAGAUGAUGAUGCCAAUGAAACUACAAAUGCCGCCGCCGCCAUACCGAUCGCCGCGCCUAGUUCAAGGCUGCGCCAUGUAGCGUCUCAUGAAUCAAUCAUGUCGCUAUCGGGCGGUCUCGAUAUCCACACACUCCAGAUCCGACCAAGCCAAAUGACCCUCCGCCCGCUCGGCGGAGCUGAUGCCGUCGUCACCGGCGUCAUUGCCCAGCCGACAAUGUCGACCAAAUACUCGAAGCGUAGCGAUGCCGCCCUGCGCGAUAACUUUGCCGGCUUUCAAAUACCCAAGAGAAGCUCUACACCGACGUCGGACAUGUCGGCUUCGUCCUCGCAAACAUCUCGCAACGGCGCCGGAGGCCUUGGCAAAUGGGUUGGGUGGCGACCAUGGGGAGGAGCAGGUGCCGUCAGUCAAAGCCUGCCCAGGGCAGCGGAGAAAGCACCACCUAAACCACCUCCUAGAGCCCCUGGUAUUAACCAGCCCGGUGCGAUUCCCGGCUUCCAAGAGUACUGGGCAUCACAACAACGGAAAGGCGCCCCAUCCAGAGUAGCGGCAACAACUGAGACCAUCGACAAUGGCGCUUUGUCCUAA